AUGGUCCGCCUGAAAAGCCGCUACCUCCUCAUAGACAUCCUCUACCCAGACCCCAAAACCUGGCCAACAACCAACUCCUCGAAGCCCCAGAACCCAACACUAUCAAUCCACGCCCCAACCUCCGACACACUCACACCAGGCUUCCUCGCAAAGAUGGUGCGCGAGACAGUAUCCGAGCUGUAUGGUGACUGGGGCGUCGGCAAGCUCGGCGGUGCCAGUGCUAGCGGUUUAAACAUAAAAUACCUUUCCCCAGCAACAUCAACCGCUAUAAUUCGGUGCCCGCGCCCCUCCUACCGUCUCGUCUGGUCGGCAUUGACUUACAUGUCCGGCGUGCCGGAAACGAAUGCCAAUGGCGAUGGGCAGAGACGGACUGGGACGGGGCGGGAGCGGGGGUGUGUGUUUCGCGUGAUUCGUGUUUCGGGGACGAUGCGGAAGGCGGAGGAGGAGGCUAUUCGUCGGGCGAGACGGGAGAUUGUGCGUGUUAAGGAUGCUGAGGAGAGGGGCGUGUUGGGUGGGUUGGUUGGUGGGGUUGGGGAUGUUCUUGGGCGUGUUGACAUGGAUGUGGAUGUGGAUGUUGGGGUUGGGGUUGGGGAUUUGAGUGGGAGUGAGGAUGGGAUGGAUUGCGGGGAUAGUGAUUGA